AUGAAGUGGAUUAGAGGCAAGACCAUAGGCUGUGGCUCCUCGGCCACCGUGUCAAUCGCCACUUCUUGGAAUUCCGGCGAGACAUUCGCCGUUAAGUCCGCCGAGUUAUCCAAGUCGGAGUUCUUGCAAAGAGAGCAAGAAAUUCUGUCCAGUUUGAGCUGUCCGCAGAUAGUUGAAUACAAGGGGUGUGAUAUCACGAUGGAGGAUAACAAGCUCAUGUUCAACCUCCUCCUUGAGCACAUGCCGGCCGGCACGCUCGCCGAGCACGGCGGCCGGAUCGGAGAAUCAAGAAUGGGUGAAUAUGCUGGGCAAAUCGCACAGGGGCUAGAUUACUUGCAUUCAGUUGGGGUAGUGCAUUGCGACAUUAAGGGCAGGAACAUUUUGGUGGGGAAUAGUGGCGUCAAAAUUGCCGAUUUCGGUUGCUCUAAGCGGCUCCGGGGAGCUUCCGCCGCGUCAAUCGGCGGCGGAACACCGAUGUUCAUGGCGCCGGAGGUGGCGCAGGGGAAAGAGCAGGGCUUUGCGGCGGAUAUAUGGGCGCUAGGAUGUACCGUCAUCGAAAUGGCCACCGGCGGGUCAUCGCCGUGGCCUAAUAUCACCGGCGGUCCGGCUGCAUUGCUUUAUCACAUCGCAUUUUCCGGCGAAUCGCCGCCGGUCCCGGAUUUUCUGUCCGACAAAGCCAAGGAUUUCUUAGAGAAAUGCUUGAGACGAGACCCCAGAGAACGAUGGACUGCGAAACAGCUUCUCAAACACCCAUUUCUCCGGGAAAUUAAUUCUUUCGCUUUGCCAAAACAAGAAUCGAUUAUAAUUUCCCCAACAAGUGUUCUUGAUCAAGGCAUUUGGAAUUCAUCAAUGGAGGAAUCACAAAGCACUUGUGAACAUGCCCAAACAUUUACUACUUCAUCAUCGGAUUCUCCGAAGCAGAGGGUCAGACAAUUGUGCUGGAAUUCAAGUAGACCGAACUGGGAACAUGAUGAAGCUUCUUGGAUCAGUGUGAGAAGCAGGGGAGAUGAUGACGUGGCAGGUCUUCAUUGUCGCGAAGAAAAUGGGGUUUUUUGUGCACACACGAACUCGACAGUGAAUUUCUUAGAUUAUUGUAAGAGUAGUAGCAGUAGUUAUGUCCCCUUAGCUUCAUCCGUUGUACACCAAAACAUUGUCACUUCCGGUGGGAAUUCUACUUUGAAAAAGAGAGUAAAUCAAUUGCAUUUAUUCUAUAUCUUGUUGUCACUUAUAUUUAGUUUAAUCCUUUAA